UAUCGACAAGCACAUAUGAAUAUCACAGUUUUAUUCCAUGAUACAUAUAGUAAUAUAAUUAUUAAUAUGAAUUUAUUCACUAUUUAAACAAUUAACAGUGUUAAAAUAAGUGUUUGACAUACAUUUGUUCUGAUUCCUUAAAGACUAGUGUAUUAGAAAACAAGAGACAUUAUAAUACAAUAAAUUAGAGAUAGCGAAUAAAUUAUCAAAAUUAAAAAUAGUAAACAAAGAUAUAAACAAUAAGUAAAUAAAUAUUAGAGAGACUUUUGAUUUUCACAUAAAAAAUUUAUUUCGAAAGUGAAUAAAUUAUCUAAAGUGAUAAAAUGUAAUGUGUGAUGUAUGACAUAUUUCAGAUAACUAGAUGUAUGCAUAUCUUACGAACAACGGAGAAGCAUUGAAUUUUAGUAUAAUUUAAAACAAAUUAAUGAAUUAAUUUUUCAACAUUGAAAUGGACCGUGAAUCAUAAACUGUGAUUAACGUACAAUGCCUGAAACUUAUUCAUAGUGAUAAAGAUUGACGCGAAAGAGGAUAACAAAUAUGUACAUAUACUUCAUCUUACGGAGAGUAACUUGAGCGGCAGUAUCACCACAUCUUUGUUAUUAAAUAUUUCAAGUAAAGUGUUUUAUAUGGAGCUUUUUCUUUUGUUUCUUUACUGUUAAACAUUUCAAAUAAAGUGUUUGUUUCGCUGUUUUCCAACAUUCUUAGAAUGAAAGCUCAGAUUGUCAUAUUUUUAUCGCUAUGUGCUUUCUCUUCUGUGAUUUUAUCAAAUUUUAAUGGAAAAUUAUUUCAUCGUAAUGAAGAUCCCAACCCAGAUGAGGAACUUAAUACACUGCAGAUGAUAAGAAAAGACGGUUAUCCAGCCGAAGCACAUGUAACGUUAACGGAAGAUGGUUAUCUAUUGACGAUGCAUCGGAUUCCAGGGAAACCUGGAUCUCCCGCGAUUUUCUUGCAACAUGGUCUGUUAGGUAGUUCUGCAGAUUGGGUUAUAUCUGGAAAAGGGAAAUCUCUCGCUUAUUUAUUAGCUGAUCGCGACUAUGAUGUAUGGCUCGGAAAUUUUCGUGGUAAUACAUAUUCAAGAGCGCAUGUCUCCUUAUCUCACAAAGAUUUAAAGUUUUGGGACUUCAGUUGGCAUGAGUCAGGUAUCUACGAUCUACCGGCAAUGAUCACUUACAUCGUAGAACUGAAGGAAGAUUUUUUGAGAGCGUAUAUUGGAUUCUCAAUGGGUACAACAUGUUUCUAUGUGAUGGCUAGCGAACGGCCGCAAAUAGCAAGACUGUUGCAAUCAACGUACAGUCUUGCUCCAGUAGCAUUUAUGAAACACGUAAAAAGUCCUUUACGAUAUAUAGCUCCGCUUACAUAUAAUAAGAUAAUUUUCUCUCUAUUGGGAGAAGGUGAGUUGUUACCGCAAAAUAACGUUUUAAAAUUCCUAUCAAAAUAUUUAUGUACCUUCGGAUCCUGGGAGGAAAAAAUUUGUGCUAAUUCGCUGUUUAUUUUUACUGGGUUCGACAAAGCGCAAUUUAAUUAUACGCUGUUGCCUGUGAUUUUGAACCAUACACCAGCUGGUACGUCUUCGAAAACCGUGGUUCAUUAUGGCCAAGGAAUAGAAUCUGGAGAAUUCAAACAAUAUGACUAUGGUGCAAAGCGAAAUAUGGAGAUUUAUAAGAGCAGCGAACCACCUAAAUACAAUUUAUCAAAAAUUACAAUGCCAAUCACAUUGUUUUUCAGUGAUAACGAUUGGUUAUCUAGUCCUGUUGAUGUGAUGAGAUUAAGUAAGGAAUUACCAGAGAAACCAAUUAUUUAUAAAGUGCCAUUCGCGAAGUUUAAUCACAUAGACUUUCUGUGGGCUACAAACGUUGUUGAGCUAGUAUAUAAAAAGUUGCUUGAUAUGCUGAACUAGUCUGUGAGAUAUUAAAAACAUGACAGACUUAAGCAUUGUUUACUAUUUAAUAUAUGCAAAGGAUACAUUUAUAGAAUAAAGAAUAUCUUAUUA